AUGGAUCUCUCCUCGUCGCUGCGACGCAAGCAGAGCACAGUCACCUAUGCCAAGCGCAAUCGGACACAAGGCGGCAGCGCACACUCAUCGCCCGCUGUGGCUCGUCGCUCUUCCUUCGCCGCCAAAGAGGACUCUUCCUCGAGCGCAUCCUCCGACGAUGAAGCCGGUCCAUCCGUAUCACGCUCUAGACGCAAAGACACCGCCACCAUCGUCUCUCCCUCAUCACAGACGGCUGCAAGGAAUCGUUUCAGUCCAAAGGAGCCAGCAGCUCGCCCUCUCACCAAUACUCAGGCAUCGACGACGGGCAAUGGAUCACCCAAGAGGGUCUCCGCUUCCACUCCUACUGCCAUCGCCUCGACUUCUCGAUCAGCUCUGAGGUCCGCCUCGCCGACCAAUCCGAGUCCAUUCCCAAGGUCUAGCUCAUCAUCCACCGGCCUUAUCUCCACGACUAGAUCGCUUCCACAGCGUCCACCUAGAGCAGCAUCUCCCACGCCCACCCAGUCGAAUCGUUCCCCUGCCAAGAGAAGCGCCAGCACCUCGCCUCGCAAGCUCUCGUCGUCUGUAUCGCCAACCAAACGUCUGGCUCGCUCACGCACACCUUCGCGCCCUGCGCAGGACCUCAGCGGACUUUUUGAUGCCAUCGAGUCCACUCUGCCUCAAGCUCGCCACCCAUUUGGAAGAAGCGAGAGUCAACCCAUCGUCCAUCUCCACCAGGAUGACGCCGAACAGACCCUCUUAUCCGCACCUGCAUUCGCUCCCAGUCCACUCCAAUCCCCAACUCUCCCAGCCUUCGACUUCAACGAUGCAGAUGCACCGCUUUCUCCUGGUCUUCUCACCAGUCCUUCCAAACGAUCGAGAAUGGCGGACAGGAUGGCACCUAGAGCCGCUCGCCCGACCAAAUCCAGGGUGGACGAGAUUGCAGAAGCCCUAAGCAACUCUAGACGAGGAUCACUCCGUAGAAUCGAGACGGCUCCAUCCGCAAUGUCGGACACGGGCGCUCCGGGACCAUUCGCCUCGGAGACGAGUCGACAUACGUCAACCAACGGUAAGGACGAUGAUGCAAAGAGUGCGCGCCUCUCGGAUGCUGGCUCCGCACGCCUCGAUACCGCUUCACAGGCUGACAGCCAAUCUCAAGAAGGUGUCAAUGCGGCUCUGAGCGCUCGAAAACUUGCGGGUAUCAAGCAGAGCUCGGCCAGCAAUGCUAAGCGCACCUACGGUCUACAGCGUAGCUUCCUCGCCGACCAGGCCGAGGAGAAUCUCCUGAGCGACCCCGCGGCAGCGUCGUCGCCUUCUGGCCCUUCUUCGCGCAACAUUGAAGAUGAGAUCGAGGCAGAGCUCAAGGGCAACAGCAACGGAAACGGAAAAGGUACUGCAGCCAGCAAGCUAUCUGGGACAACAUUUAAGGCUUCGAUUCGCAAGCCAGACUUGGCUCCCUCUGCUCCUCGCGAAAGCUAUGCCGAACUGCUCAAAAAAUGGGGCGAGGGCGCAGAAGACAUUGAAUGGGACGAGUCGCAAGACCCUACCCUCAAUCUCAAGUCGAUCACCUCUCUUCGGUCUCAGGGCGAACUCAGGCGCUUCAAUGACGACCUCGAGUAUCUUUUCACCGGACUCGACGCAGCCCAAGCCCUAUCCAUCCGCCGCAGCUCCACCGUCGAGCUGAUCCGCCUCCUUUGCGGCAAGCCCGACCUUGGAGGACUUGAUCAAGAUGCAAGUGACGCCGAAGACGACCUCGAGGAUCCCCUCGCGUCGGCUCAGUCCGCCGAAUUUAUGCGCAAACUCAAGGCGUCGGAUCUGAUCGCACGACUCUUCGACCUCUUCCGGGGAGCUGAAGCCGGCGAGGGUGUUGAUGACGUCCUGGAUGCCGCCAUAGCCGUGUACAUCGCAAAAUUGCUCAAGUCUGGGUCCACUGCCGUGCCGCUCACCCGCGAGCGGUGGUCAGAGCUCAGUGCUGUCCUUCAUGGCCUUCUGACGCGGGCGGACAGAGCCGAGCAUCAAGAGCGCAAGGACGGCUUAGCUCUGCUGCGCCUUCACGAGCUCAAACUCCACAAGAUCGCAUCCAGAACAGACCGCAAGACGCUGGCUGAGCUUCGAGACAUUGCACGGAUCUCAAAGCUGUUCGUAGCCGGUUCGCAAAGCUGGACGUUGCGUAACCUCGUUCUUGCUUCGUGCUGUUCGUUGAUCGUACUGCCUCGUCGGCUGUUGACCGAUGUUGUCAUCAGCGACCUGUUCAUGGAUGCUGAUGGACCCCAUGACCGUCCUCAGGCGUCGUUUUUCAAUACUGUUCUCGGCGUGCUGGUCUCGGAAGGCGCCAAGGCCCGACACCGGCUCAUCGACUUUACCAAGGGACUUGAGCUCGUCACGCCGGCUGCGAUCGAGUCGAUCCCAGACCUUGAGACGGUCGACGUGUGCAUCCGAUUCCUAGACAAAGGCAUGGAUGUCUUGUACCUCGAACUCGAUCAAGCUGUCCCGGCAUCCAUUGAGACCCUGGAGUCAGUGCAGCACCUCAUCCAUUUCGCUAUCCAAGCAGCCCCCUUCGGUGGUGGCCUGCACCCCGGCGAUGCCGACAAGUCCAAGGACAACGGCGCACCGAGCCGUGCUCUGCAGAUCCUGCAUGGACUGUUCAAGAUGCUGCUCGAUCUGAGUCAGGUCGACGCAAAUUGGAGUGAAUCCCUGGCUUCCUCUCUAGAUGUGCAAGAGGCCGUCAUGCGAGCGUUCCUCCUCAGCCACCGCAGCGCCUCGCUGCUUCGUCAGACGGCUUCAAACGCAACGGAAACGAAAAGCAGGAAGGGCAAGUCGGCGGUCAAGGAGAAUGACGGUGAUGACGCGACGCACAGGCCCGGCAUCGCGCUGUUCGAAGACGUCGUGCAUCUGUCCCUGGCGCUUCUCACCAAUCUGCUCAUCAAGCAACUCGACAAGGCGCGCGAUACACUGCAAGCGAUCCGCAUCAAUCCUGCUUGCUGGGGUCGACGAACUUGCUCCGUCAAGUGCACAUGCGACGACAGAUCAUCCGCGCUUCAGCUGCUGGCACGUGUCUUCUUCGACACUCGCAUCGCCGCAGCAAGCAACGAUGACAGCAACGCAGCGUACCUCUCAAAUUCGAUCGCGACCGCUAUUGCGCAGUUCGCAGUCGGUGACUCCACGCGACUGGAAACAUGCCGAGCUGCUCUCGACGCCGAACUGCCUGUUCUGAACGGCAAGAGCGGCGCCACAAAUGUGAUCAAGGACAGCGGCUUCGAGACGCUUCUGGACGCGGUAGAAGAGUUUGCUGUGGUGCAUGAGGCGGCAUUGCACGCGGAACGAGCGCGAGCGGCAGAAGCAGCGCUCAAUGACGAUGAAGAUGCAGAAAUGCAAGCGGAAAACGGGGACGAGACGGCGAAGGCGACGAAGGAUGUAAAUGUGGAAGGCGAUACCAGCAACCCGGUCGCCGUCGAAGCUGGGCAACUGAUCAAAGAUCUGGCCAUCGCACUUCGACAGAUGGCCUGA